AUGGCUCAGGAAAGAGAGAUCACAACAACCAUUACGGCAACGACGACAGUCAAGCUGCCGGCGGCGGCGCCCAAGAGCUACGCCGAGCUCAACCCGCGCCUCAAGCCCACGGAGUUCUUUGGGCCUGUUGGGGGCUUCGUUCUCACUUUCGUCACUCCCAUCGUCGCGUACGGUCUCUUCUACGGCUGCAAUGAGGUGACGGGGUGCAGCGUCCCGCCCACCCGCAACUUCUUGCAGUGGAUCGGUGACUGGCCAUCCAGUGCUGGCGCGCUGUGGGAGUGGAAGGCUGCCGGCGUCUACCUCGCAUGGUAUAUGUGGACGGUACUGUGCUGGAACAUCCUCCCUGGCGAGUGGAUCGAGGGCACCCUCCUCCGCGACGGCACACGCAAAAAGUACAAGAUGAACGGCAACGGCCUUUGGACAUUGAUCCUCACCCUCGGCAUCACUGCUGGUGUCAUCGCGCAGCCUGGCGGCAUUGCUGCCCUUGCAUGGCUCAACGACCACUUUGUGCCCCUCGUCUCGGCCUCGAUUGCCAUGUGCACCUUCCAGGCCAUGUUUGUCUACGUCUACUCGUUCUUCUCUGGCGAGCUCCUCGCGUACCAGGGCAACAGCGGCAACUUCUUCUAUGACUUCUGGAUGGGCCGCCCGCUCAACCCCACGUUCCCCGGCUUCCCGACUUUUGACAUCAAGACUUUCAACGAGGUGCGCCCCGGCAUUAUCGGCUGGGUGAUGCUCAACAUUGGCUUUGCGUGCGCGCAGUACGAGCGCCUCGGGCGCGUCACCAACUCGAUGUGGCUCGUCGUCCUCUUCCAGGGCUGGUACUCGAUCGACUGUCUGCUCGUCGAAUCGUCGAUCCUCCAGCAGAUGGACAUUACCACCGACGGCUUCGGCUUCAUGCUCAGCUUUGGUGACCUCACCUGGGUCCCCUUCAGCUACACCGUGCAGGCGCGCUACCUCGUCUUUGCGCCGAACGACCUCUCGCUCGUUGCCUGCGGGCUCAUCGUCGCCCUCGAGGUCCUUGGCCAGUACAUCUUCCGCGUGGCCAACAACGAGAAGUCCGAGUUCCGCAGCGGUCGCAACCCCAAGAACCUCAAGUUUAUGGAGACCAAGCGCGGCACCAAGCUUCUCACCUCGGGCUGGUGGGGCCUCUCGCGUCACCCCAACUACUUUGGCGACUGGAUCAUGGCGUGGGCAUGGUGCCUCCCGACCGGCUUCAGCACCCCCAUCCCCUACUUCUACGUCAUCUACUUUGCCAUUCUCCUCGCCCACCGCCAGAUGCGUGACGACGAGGCGUGCAAGGAGAAGUACGGCAAGGACUGGGAGACCUACUGCAAGAAGGUCCCAUACAAGAUCAUCCCCUAUGUCUACUAA